AUGAGCUUGGACGUUGCAGAGGAGCCUUUGCUUCUAAUCUUGGAGUCUGCACAAUCACCAGGGCGGAGAUCAUUGGCAUGUUGGAUGGCCUUGAGAUGGCUUGGAAGAAAGGUCUCCGGAAAAUCCAUUUGCAAACCGACUCCUCUACAGCACUGA